AUGGCUACGGAAGAAGAUAUCGCGUGGUUCAAAUCCACCUUUCAUCCAAUUCCAAAGCCAGAGCUUCCUGAUGACUCUGUCGAGUACUUCAUCUAUCAUUUACCUUCCCCCGCCCCCGCCGUUAUCGAUGAAGCUGCCGAGACUAGGGCCCGAUUGCUUGAGGUGCAGCGCACUGCCGCAGAAUUGAUCAAAGAUUUACUCAAGAAUUAUAUCUGGCAAAGAGAAGCUUUUCACCUAGAGAUUGUGAAAGACGAUGGUGUGGAGAUAAUUCCUCCUUUUCUUGUUCAAGUCCGUUUCACUGAUUGUCUAUCUCCGAUUGCAGGGAUCACCUAUCUUAGCGGCCGCACCAACUACGGAGACUCGAUCGAAGAUGAAUGGGUUGUGGUCUAUAUCUUGCGUGAAUUGACCAAACAACACAAGGAUAUUUGGGUCAAGGUAGUGGAUGGUGAUGGCGAGUUUCUACUUGUCGAAGCUGCCGGUACACUUCCUGCCUGGCUAGAGCCCGAAGUCGCAGAUAACAGGGUGUGGAUUAAUCAAGGAGGCCUCAAAAUCAUCAAACCAAAACAAGAUACUGGGAAGAAAGUAACUGAGAAACUCUCUCUCUCCCAAGCCCGAAAGAUCAUCCAAGCAGAACCGGAUCGCUUUAUCAAGUCCACCAUGAUUCAAGAAGAAGCCUUCUAUAGAUUACGCAACUACCCCAAACAAAUCUCCGAGAAUUUACACUCGGCAAAAGUGACGAUUCCCCGCAAGGUCGCAUUCCUCCUCCAUCAAAAACCCGGAUAUAUAUCGCCAGCCGUGGAGGCAUUCUACGUCCGUGAUCCAAUCGCCUUGCGCCCUCUUCGUGCCAAAGAUGCAUCCGGCCUUAUUUUCAAGCCGGAAGAUAUGGUCACGGUGAGCGUUCGGUUCACGCGCGUUGGGUACGCCCAGGUCAAAAGCCAAGAAUUUCCCAUUCCAAGCACUUGGGCGGGUAAAUUGCCACCAAUAGAUGAAGACAAAACAUACCCGCCCGCGGAAACUGGAAUGAAGCUGACUUGUGGGUUCGAAAUGUUACUCUAUGAUCCUCAUCAUCAAGAUAAGGCUGCUGUCAGAGAGAUGAAGCUUCUUUUGGAGGACGUGGAAACUGGCGACGAGGAGCUCCCAACAAACGAAGAGAUUGAAAAGACAUGGGAUAAGCGAGAGGAUGAUGAAAAAUGGUUGGACAUCAACUUUGAGGAUCUAGAUCGAGAGCUGAAAGGCAAGGGCAAAGGCAAAGGCAACGAAGGUGGAAACUUUGGCGAUGCAGGAGCACAAGAAAACUUACAAAGAAUUGUGGCUCGCUUCGACGAAUUCCUGAAUGAUACCUCGGCCGGUUUUGAUGGAGCCGAAUUCGAUGAUUUUGAUACUGAUUCCGACGUUGAUGAUGAAGAUGACGAAGAUAAAUUCAGCAGUGAUGGAGAAGACAAAGAUGGAUCAUUCAACGAAGAGGAAUUUGCCCGAAUGAUGAAAGAGAUGAUGGGCAUGCCGUCCUCUUCCGGUGCAGGCCCCGACCUCUCAACACCACUACGCAAUCGAAUUAAAGAACUUGAAGCAGAGGAUGACGAGCAAGAUGAUGAAUUGGAACAGAUCCAGGAAGUCUCUCGGCAGAUGGAGGCGGAGCUGAAAAGGACCGGUGUCUUGGAUCUGAAUCGGAAGCAGCAGAAGUCAUCAUCCGGAGAAGAUACCUCUAAAGGAGAUGAAGGUGAGGAAACCGAAAAUUAUGACGAAGACACCGCCAAUAUCAAUCUUGCGAGGAAUAUUUUGCAGAGUCUUCAGGGACAGGCUGGUACUGCAGGCCCUGCAGGGAACCUACUAUCGAUGAUGGGUCUGCAAAUGCCCAAAGAUGAUCGGAGAUAA